AUGGAUCUUCCCGGCCGUACGAACGACCUGAUUUCCGCAGUUGCAGAUGCCAACCCUAACACAGUCGUCGUUAUCCAGUCUGGAUGCCCAGUCCGAAUGCCGUGGGCCGACAAAGUCUCGAGCUUAGCGCAAGCAUGGUAUGGUGGCAAUGAGACUGGCAACGCCAUCGCCGAUGUGCUGUUCGGAGAUGUCAACCCAUCAUGGAAGCUGCCUCUCUCUUUCCCCGUUCGUAACGAAGAUAACCCCGCCUUCCUCAACUACAGCUCAUCGCAUGGUCGCGUCCUGUACGGCGAGGAUAUCUACGUGGGAUACCGAGCAGUGGGACAUUCCAUGUUGCACCAAGCGCAGUACCACAUGGAAGGCAGGCCGCCGGCACGCCGUUGA